AUGGUCGGCAUCCGACUGGCUGGCGCACGAGCCAUGAGCGAGCCUCACAGAGCUGUCGAGCCGUACGAUUUCCUGAUGAAGGAGAAGUUCUCGGUGCUGCCUAAGACCGGCAUGGUGGAUAAGAAGCGGCGAAAACCUUCCUUGUGCGCAGUCCGGUUCAUUGACUAUGCCCCGAUGGUGUUUCGUCGCCUCCGCGCUCUUUUCGGGAUCGACUCCCUCUGCUAUAUCAGAUCUGUCGGCCCAGACCAGUUGCUUGGCAAUUUGAUUCUAGGGAAUUUAUCCUCUCUUUCUGAACUGGUUUCGGAGGGCAAGAGUGGCUCUCUAUUUUACUACACAACCGAUGGGAGAUUUAUGAUCAAGACAGUGUCAAAGGAGACGGCUUUCUUCAUGCGAUCCAUCUUGUUUGACUACUACAAGCAUGUGUCGACGUGCACUAACACAAUGCUCACACGUCUUUGCGGACUUCAUGCGCUUCGCCUCAAGGACAAAUCCGGGAAGAUCCUAGGCCACAAGCAGCCGUGGAGGCGCAAGACAUACUUCAUGGUCAUGGAGAACUUCUUUCACACGCCAGUAGAGAUUCACCGUCGUUAUGAUCUCAAGGGGUCUACGCAAGGCCGCUCACUGCCUCCUGAUCUCCUUAGCGAUCCCACAGUGGCGAGGAAGGACAAUGACAUGACACGAGACGGAGAAAUGGCACGUCGAAGAUUCGUUAUAGAAAUUGGGGAAGAGCGAAAGCAAAUGUUUAUCGAACAGCUAAGAAUUGACGCGGCCUUCCUCAGGGACCAUGGGAUUAUGGACUAUUCCUUGCUGCUGGGAAUUUCGUACGCCAGUUGUUCACAAGACUCCAGCAUCUGCCAGGACGGCAUAUUACAUAUCGACGAUGAGGUCCGCGCUUCGCAUUCGAUGGUGCCUAGCUCUGUUUCUUCCGUUGGUGGAAUUGGCGAGUGUGAUGUUGAACGCCCUUUUUGGAGCAGGGACCUCGGCGGGAUGCAGAGCACUGACCGCACCAAGUUGUAUUAUGUCGGGAUCAUCGACAUCCUGACUCACUGGACUGCUAAAAAGAAAAUUGAGCACGUUGCACGUGUUCUGCAGACAGGAAGCACAUCAGGAGCUUCCUGUGUCAACCCUUCCCUUUAUGCCCAGCGUUUUGUUGACUUCAUCACCAACCAUACUACUUGA